AUGAAGUUGUGGAAAAGCGACUCUAAGGAGAAAACCAAAAAAGGUGGUCGAGGCGAAUCUGAAGAUGAGGAUGAUGACACCAUAGAAGAGGAACAGCCAGGCGAUGAGGUUGUUGAAUCAGAGCCGGCAUGGCUUCGAUUAGUAAACGGUAAUAACGCUGACGAAAAACAGCUCCGGCAAAGCAAGAGUAGUGUGGUACUCGCACCCGAAUUGCAAGGGCGCCAUGUUUUGGCUACUGGAUUACAAUUUGCGAAAGGAAAUCUACGGAUUGGGUCGCAUAAGUCCGUCGCCUGA